AUGAAUGACGCAACCACCUCCCUGCUCACUGAGCAUUUCAGUUAUACCCCAUUGUCGCUGAUUGACGACAUUAUCAACUCGAUCAACAACCUGAUUUACCAGGCUAUCUCAAGCUUGGAGUCUGGCCUACUUUCCACUCCGCCGGAGCGCCUGGGUUUUUCGCACGCCACCAAUGGCCCUACUAUCGCCGACACGGACGACGAUGGCAACAUUGUUUACCCUGAAGCAAAACUCGAGCUCGAGAAUGGAUUGCACCAGUUAGAGACACUGCUUGAGACCAAUGUGGACAAGGCGUUCGAUAAGUUUGAAAUCUACGUGCUCAGGAAUAUCUUGACUGUGCCGGCGGACUUGCUCUCUUAUGUGCGAUUGAAGCAUUAUGAGGGUCUCUCAUUUAAUCCCUCCCAAGAUACUCCCACCCCAGAGACGAUUGCUGCCCAGCGCAAAAAAUUACUCGAGACCAGAAAGCUUAACCGAUCCUUGAAAGACGAAUGCGCGCGCAAUGCAGCCGUGAUUGCUCAAUUGAAUGCCAUCGUAUCGACAGUCAACACUGCUAAAAAUGGUGAUGCGACCGGAGAAUCAAAGGCAGCUGUGCCGUUGGAUCUAUCGUUCUUGACAUCAAGCCCCGCUGCGCAACAGCUUCGUGUUGGGGUUGACACUGGUUCAAACACCCAGCACACACCGCUCACGACCCACACGACUUUUAUUCUCUCACAAUUGCCAGCGCUGCAGGCGACACUCCAGAAUCUUCGGCCGAGGUUGGCUUCUCUACCCGCCUCAAUCAAGGAGAUUGAGACCAAGUCUAAGCGUGACGAGCGGAAAGAAUACAUCGAAGGUCGAAUUAGGCUACACUUGGAGCGAGCUGGGCAGCUUGCUAUGGGUGAUGAUGGGAAUCCAGUUGUUGCUGGUCGCCGUAUUGAUAUCUCUGAAGCUCAUGCGCUGGAAAGCGUGGCCAACAUGCUUACGCAGCACAAAAAGUCUGCGUAG